AUGUCUUUCCAGGAUUUCGGAGGCGAAGCCUGGUUACAAGUGGCCUUGCCAGACUUUGGGUCAGAAAUUCAAACGGUAACCUUGCUUUUGAUUGGAAACACGAUAUUUUGGGUCUUUUUCCUUCCAGUAUUGACGGGUAUUUUGGACUACGAGGAGGAAGAAGCCAAUAAUGACAAGCUAAAGGAUGGACAAGGUACUACUAGUAGUACCAACGGGAAACAGCAAGAAAAAAAGGCAAAGACUCGUACUCGUCGGCCUUCACGGGAUAAAGCCGCCAACGGAGCAGCGAAGAUUUCUACCACCACUGAUGGCGAUAAUCACCUCAACGGCAAGAAAAAGCCCAAGGUUGCGGAUGAAGUCCCCCCCACGACAACAGCGGCUCAUUCUGUGACGGGACUCUUGAUUGGAACCAUGGCCAUUUUUCUCCUUUGGUCUCCUUACAAUUACUACACAUCUCGGCGAGUAUUCAUGGCACCCUUGUUCACACGAGAAGAAUGUCAACACGUCAUCCAAAUGGCGCACAAUGCCGCCCAGAAAAACUAUGAUAGAACGUUAGAGGCCGACCAGGCCAGAGAAUUUGCUGACACCAUAUAUGACAAUGACGACGACAGUGAUGACGACAACGAUGACUAUGAAGAGUUUCAGAAAGACAAAAUUCUUCAAUUGGAACCGCGUGGAUGGCAAAAGACCCGUCAUGCCAGUUAUCCCACCACCGAUCUCAACUUGGUGACGGAUCCCUUUACCGGGCAAGAUCGAGCAUGGUUGGGACAGCGUUUUCAUGCUCGGUUGGCACCUCUCCUGUCGCGCAUUUUUGGGAUCCCCCCACGCAGCAUUCGGGCCAAUGACAUGUUUGUCGUCCGAUAUGAUGCUCCACCCGAUGACAAUGACGAUGAGACGGUUCAUCGAGCCUACUUGGCAAAUCACACAGAUGACAGUGACAUUAGUUUCAACAUUCUCCUCAAUGAUGAAUUCGAAGGUGGAGGGACUCGCUUUUGGGAUCGAUUGCACCAACAACCCUUUGCCCUUGUGCAGCCAACCGAACCGGGCACUGUCUUGACUCACUCAGCCCUUAUCAAUCACGAGGGAGCCACAGUAACCAAGGGAACGCGCAUGAUUUUGGUAGGAUUCUUAUCCGUGGACAAGGUAGAUCCCUUUCAUCCGGAUCAAUCUACAGGAUUGUCCUUUUGGGCAUCGUGGGGUAGCGGUAGUUGGUUGACGACCAAAUUCAAACAGGCUCACAUGAUACGGAAGCGAGGAUCCAGCGUUCCUUCUCCCGAAAGGGGCAACCAGCAGAAGCAGUGGACCAACAGUGUCUAUGUUCGGCGGUUGAUAUUGGACCUGAUUGGAUUCUUCCAGGUGAUGGGAGAUGCCUUUGGGACUCAUGCUGUCGAGGAUUUAGUGCUCAGAAAGGACACGCAACCGUUCUUGGAGACCCUGGAUCGGGCUGCUGAGCAACAGCCACUAGACGUGGAGAAGCAAGCAGUAUGGUGGUAUGGACAAGGCCUGCAUCUAGAUGUAGACGGUUCCAUCGCCACCGAAUGGAAGGCACGGAAGGAAAACAAACAAGCCUUUGAAGAGCUGUGA